AUGUUUGCCUGCAAAUUGCCCACCAUCCAUACUUUUUCUUGUAGCGAGCGGCCGUUCCACUCAAAAUGGCAUAAACCGUAAAUAUUCUUAUUCAUCAGGGGCCUUUUCUUAACCCUCUCAUCUCCUUCUUCCUCCUCCAAUCUUCUAUUCUACUUCCAUUCCGUCUCCGAUUGCUUCACAAAAAAUAAUCAUUUCCUAAACCCAGAUUAAGAUUUCGAUGCAAAAGGAAUGGAAGUUUCGAAUCACCAGCCAGAAUCAAUGUACGGUUCAGGUGCCAUGAACGUGCAACAAAACAUGGACGAAGAAGACGACGACGUUACAGGGGGAGGAGGAGGAAGGGAAGAGUCGGUGGAUAACCCUCAGAUUGGAUACGGAGAAAGCGGCAGCAUUGUAACGGUUAUGAAUAACGGCAUGGAAAAAGCUUCUCAUGCCAAUAUUUAUGGUCAAGGAUCCGAUUUAACCGCCGUUCCCGGUAAUUCUGGCGUUGAUCAGCUCACCCUCUCGUUUCAAGGGGAGGUUUAUGUGUUUGAUUCCGUUUCACCUGACAAGGUACAGGCAGUGUUGUUACUUCUAGGUGGAUAUGAAAUCCCUUCAGGCAUUCCUGCAUUGGGGACAGUUCCAGUCACUCAAAGGGGCAUGGGUGACUUUCCUGGGCGGUCAAUUCAACCACAGAGAGUUGCUUCUUUAAACCGGUUCCGGGAGAAGAGAAAAGAGCGGUGCUUUGAAAAGAAAAUCCGCUAUACCGUACGGAAAGAAGUGGCUCUUAGGAUGCAGCGUAAGAAGGGUCAGUUCACAUCAUCCAAGGUGAUUUCAGAUGAAGUAGCCUCAGCCUCUUCAGGCUGGAGUGGAACAGGUUCUGGACAAGAUGAGAACAUGCAAGAAACUUUAUGUACACACUGUGGAAUUAGUUCUAAGAAAACUCCUAUGAUGCGACGUGGACCUACUGGUGCUAGGACUCUCUGCAAUGCAUGUGGUCUCAAGUGGGCAAAUAAGGGUGUUUUGAGAGACCUUUCAAAGGUUUCCACUAUAGCAAUCCUGGAUCUGCCUGCAAAGACAACUGAGCAGCAGAGUGAUGCAGAAGCUAAUGACAGUACAGACGUUGUAUCUUAAUCUAUGGAGAUACCUUCUCUGCUGUCCGUGCUGAAAGAUGAGUAACAAAUGCCUCCAUUAUGGUGAGUUCUAUGCUACUUGAUGUUUGAAGGCAGAUGUCAACCUUUGUUAUAAUAACUAAUUUCAUUUGACAACUGUACAUAUGGUUCAUUGCCUUUGCUCAUUAUGUAUAUCAUUGCGAAAUUGUGAGAUACAGCCUCUGUAGCUGGGGAGUAAGAAGAAGACUUAGUGUCACUUUAACAUUAGCAGUUGUUCCUUUCGGUUGCAUAUAUGUUAAAAGUAGCAGCUUGUGCUUA